GCAUUAACUUUCAUUCCAAAAGUCUCUCCUCCUCUCUCUGUUUCUUUUGUAAACACCGUUCGAGAUAAUCAAAAUAGAUUGUAUUCUCGAUGAAACGAUAAAGCGGCCUUUUUUGAUGUGUUUAGAGGUUCAUGAAUGUAGAUCAGGAAAGUAAUCGCGAAAUGCAGGGCCAUAGUAAGCUGCCGCAAGAUUAUGAUGUAAGCCGGGUUUAUCCCGGGCGCAUAAUAAUCCCGGGAACAAGGUGGCAGAUUAUUGUGCGUGACACCGACGACGAAAUACCUUCACUUUCCACUUCUGUCUCUAUUGUCCGCUUAUUGCGAACGAGAGGCUCGUUCUCCCGGUAAUAAGCGACUGUGACUCGUAUGUAUGUACGUUUGACCUUUCCUCGUGGAAGAUAUUUAUAAGAUUCGCGCGCCAUGACGACCAUGAUUUUAAUACGAGGUCGUUAUGCAAAUCGUAAAGUACUUCCAGUUUAUUGCGUUUGUUAAAUAUCGGAGCUUACACGCCAACACGGUAGCGCCGCGCGCUGCCGCGAUUUUAUUCUUCAUCUUUAUCGGGCUGAAUGAGGAGCGAAUGGAACGAGUUUACGACAAACCUUUAGCGAUCUAUAUCUUGUGAUUGCACAUUAUAUAUUAAUUAUGUCACGAUUCUAUUGCUAGUCGAAAAAUUCGAUUUAAAUUUUAUUUUAUUGCAUUCAGUAGAAAGAAAUUAUUCAUCAAUUUCUGCGAUUCCUGUAGUAGAAAUUUUCACGUUUCAAGUGAUUAAUUUUUUCAUUAAAUUGUCAUCCACUUUCAUCGAAUAUUUUAAGCCAAACGUUUUGACUGACCUAAUAUUCCGCAUUUACCCGCAAAGAUAAAAUUCUCCUAAUCUCGUAAAAAUUAAAAUUGAUUUCAAUUUGGAUAUUUGAAACCCGUGUAAUAAUUUUACCAAUAUUGAGGGAUUAACUUUUGCCUGUAUGUGUAUAAGAGAAAGAGGAAAUUAAUCUUAAUUUUAAUUUUAAUAAUAAACUUGAUACAGCAAAUCUUAGAAUUAAAUUAUGAAUAUUCGUCAAGUGCUACCGCGCCGCUACAUUAAGCUUAUAUGUGUGGAAGUGUGUUGAUGAUUACGGGGCCUCGAGGGAACGAUCGUUUCGUCUUUUGAACACGUGUGUUCUUAUCAGCGGUCAUUUUUCUCGCGGAUCGCGAUAACGGUUUUGCGAAGCGUCAUUUCUGUCCAACGGCAGCCUCGAAGUUCGUCUUUCAUCAUUUUUGCGUUUUCUUGCGAGUACUGCAGUAAUAUCAAUCUCACAUAAUUUUCUAUUAUUAAUCGACAUAGCUUGUAUCUCUUUUCAUUUAAAUAUUCUAAGACAAAGAUACAUAUUUUUUAUGAAAGUAAUAUAAACAGCUAAAUUUGCUAACAAGAAAUUAAUUUAUACAGUAAGAAUAAACAUUUAAAACGAUGAAGCAUUUUUGUCAUCGAAAAGAAUGAAUUGCUGAAAGAGCACGGAAAUACAAUGUCUGUUUCCAAACAAUUGUAUGAAAACCAAUGUGUUAUUUCGUCUUUACUUGCUAACUUUUUUUUAUUAAAAGUACAAAAGAUAAUGCUGGAGCCCAGACUGCCGAUAAACUUGCUUAGUAUAUGUUGUGUAGGUAGCGACACCUCGUGCCUACUCUUAAAAAACUGUACAAACUAAAAUAUUACAACGCUGUCGUAAACAAAUAAUAAUAUUUUAAGCAAGAUAACAAAAAAACGUGACUGUGAGAUUCAUUAAUUUGUUACAGGCAUGGAACUUACAUACAAAGCUUAUACAUUGUUUUAAUUAACAUUAUGCAGAAACUAAUUAUUUCAAGUUUAAAUAAAGUUUGAAUUUAAAUUUUAAAUGUAAAAUUUUUAUUUUUCAUGAAUUAAAUGAUUUUUAUGCGAGACCAUCCGAGAAUGUGAUUUUCAUUCGAAAAUAGUAUGACAUAAAUAAAAUGUCGUUCGUGGAAAGAACAAGUGCGCGGCAUAGAAUUUCGACCAAUCCUCAACGACUUAUGUUAAAUGUCAAAAUUCUUUUAGCUCUUGUGUCUCAUCUCACGUGAUUGUAGAAUAUUUUAACAAAAUUUUUCCUAUAAUAUUAAUUUCCACGAUUGUAAUAUGCUCCUGAUCACAAAGCCGCAGCUGAAAGUUUUGAGUAAAAAUAAAUUACACGUAUCGCGAAGGCCAGGAUGUACUGCGUGGUUACUGCUCGCUUUGUCGACGACAAUUUUUAUCGGAGUCUUUAGUCGUCUGACAAGCAACGUCUACUUCCUGAUUAUUUUGCUGCUAGGAGAAAUUAUGUUCGGACUAGACAGUUUUGGAGAAUGGGAGGACUUGAUACUGUACAAGCAGGAAAACAGAGCCAUUAUCGAAAAAUCUGUUUGGGUCGACAAGCUGUGUUCUGGCGGUGCGGGUGAACUUUUCUCCAUGAGACUCAUCGAUAUCAAACACGUUGGAAUUUCCACGGAGAUGGGUCUCUCUAUCCUUCACAGGAACGGGGAAACGAUCACUCUCAGCGUGAAGGGCUUAACGAGCACGGAGAUGCAAGAUCUGAAGAGAGAAAUUAAUUACUUUUUGAACAUGAGUCGGCUCAAAUACCUCGAUCACAUGUCGAUAGAUCCGUCAGAACGCUUAUUACUCCCUUGUGAUUCCGAGGAAUAUUUGCAAAAUUUGUCGAAAACAUAUCUACCUGUAACUAAUGAGUCAACGAUAUCGGACAAUGUCUUGAGCAGCAGCAAGCUGCACCAGGUACAGCAGAACUUGAGCUACCCAACGUUAAUCCAUGAAGCGCAAGCAAAUAGCUGCCAAUCAGCAAAUUUGAGAAGAGGUCCUUAUACUAAAAACUUGACGCAUCUCGAUUACAUUAAACAUAUCGACAAUAUCAGGCCUUGCAAUUUGUCAAAGCUUGACAAAGAGCGUGAUUAAUGAAGGGUGAUUUGUUCAUGAUGUCUUUGGUGUUACGAAUAUUUGUAACAAAUCUGCGAGUCAACUAAAAAUAAAAUCGUACAGGAAAGAGCUUCAACGAUUUAUUUCAAUGACAACAAUAAAUUUGUAACUACGAUUGCAGUAAUAUAAAUUCAUAAUUAUAAAUUAUGAAGCAAUAAAAAAUUUGUUAGUUAUUUACAUUAUAGUAAAUUCAAGCUGCAACGCAUGAAAGAGAAUAUAUAUUAAACUUGAUGUCUCAUCGUGAAUCAUCAAUUAUCACAUACCA